AACUGGGUAAAGAACCCAGAACUAAGUUUUUAUAAGCUGCCGAACCGAAAAACCUAUUCUAUUAUUGUGGCGCCGAUUGUUUUCCCCUCCGGUGGGCGUGGUUUUCAGAGUAUGACGCGUUGCGCUCUGCUCUAUUGGAUCAUUCUUCAUGAAUUAUUCAUUAAAUUCCUAGAUUCAUCUUAGGAAACAAAUAUUGGCCGACAGAAACAAACAGGUCGGACCGUCGGGCGGUUUCGGCUUGCAUUAACACUAGUUUUUUAAAAGUAGUUUCAUAUAAAAUAUAUCUUUCCAACUUCAGCUACAGUGAUAGCUAAGUUUGGAGAGGAGAAAAACAGCUAUUUAGAAUUAUUUGCAAAUAGAUAGUCUAAUACGUAUUUUCAGUGGGGUGAUACUACUACGGAACGAAGUGAAAAAAGCCUACUACUAAAUACAGCGAUCAAUACGAUGGAAAACUCAAGAUCCAAGAAAUGUGGUGGUUCUUUUUGUGAUUUUUUUACUUCGGCGAAGUUUCUUAUUUACCUUGGGCAUGGUUUUUCAACGUGGGGAGACCGUAUGUGGAAUUUUGCAGUCGCUGUGUUUCUGGUGGAGUUGUACGGUAACAGCCUACUGCUGACUGCCGUAUACGGACUAGUAGUGGCGGGCUCUGUCCUGCUGCUAGGAGCCAUUAUUGGUGACUGGGUGGACAAAAACCCCAGGCUUAAAGUUGCACAAACCUCAUUGAUCGUCCAGAACUGUUCUGUGAUUCUCUGUGGAAUUCUGUUUAUGGUGGUUUUCCGAUUUAAGACACCGCUCAAAGAACUCUUCGAUGGGUGGUUGCUUACUUCCUGUUACAUCAUGGUCAUCACCAUCGCCAACAUCGCAAACCUGGCGAGCACGGCCACCUCCAUCGCCAUUCAGAGAGACUGGAUCGUAGUGGUGGCAGGGGAGGACCGGAGCAAGCUGGCAGACAUGAACGCCACGGUGAGGAUCAUCGACCAGCUGACCAACAUCCUGGCGCCCAUGCUGGUGGGCCAGAUCAUGGCCUUCGGCUCCCACUUCAUCGGCUGUGGCUUCAUCUCGGGCUGGAACCUCUGCUCCAUGUGCCUGGAGUACUGCCUGCUCUGGAAGGUGUACCAGAAGACCCCCGCCCUGGCCGUCAAGGCCGGCCAGAAGGCCGAGGCCCAGGAGCUGGUCCAGCUCAACGGCCAGAAAGACCCAGAGGACGGCGAGAAGCCGGGCGAAGGCUCCCAGCUGAUGACCGAGGUGGAGCAGGCGACGGCGGGUUCGCGGGAAGAGGCCGGGGGGCGCUGCCACCAGCUGACCGAGCCCUUCCGCACCGUCCGGGACGGCUGGGUGGCCUACUACCGGCAGCCCAUCUUCUUGGCGGGCAUGGGCCUGGCCUUCCUGUACAUGACCGUGCUUGGAUUCGACUGCAUCACCACGGGCUACGCCUACACGCAGGGCGUGAACGGCUCGGUGCUCAGCCUGCUGAUGGGCGCCUCGGCCGUGUCGGGGAUCUGCGGCACGGUGGCCUUCACGUGGUUCAGGAAGAGGUGCGGCCUGAUCCGGACGGGCUUCCUCUCGGGCGCGGCCCAGCUCUCCUGCCUCCUGCUCUGCAUCCUGUCCGUCUUCGCGCCCGGGAGCCCCUUCGACCUCAGCGUCUCGCCCUUCCACGAAGUCGUCAGCCAACUGAUGGGGGGGGACGGUUCCCUGGCCGAGGGGCACUCGACCCUGCCGGGCGCCCUCUCCACCAACGCCACCAACGCCACCACCGCCCCCACCGCCCCCACCUCCACCGCCGCUAACUACUGGUCCGUGGGCCUCCUUUUCUCCGGGGUCAUUGCUGCUAGAGUCGGUCUUUGGUCCUUCGACUUAAGCGUGACUCAGCUAAUCCAGGAAAACGUGAUCGAGUCUGAGAGAGGCAUCAUUAACGGCGUCCAGAACUCCAUGAACUACCUCCUGGACCUGCUGCACUUCAUCAUGGUCAUCCUGGCGCCCAACCCGGAGGCUUUCGGCCUGCUCGUCAUUCUCUCCGUCUCAUUUGUCGCCAUGGGUCACAUGAUGUACUUCAGGUUCGCCUACAAGAGCUUGGGAAGCCGGCUCUUCCUGUGCUGCUCGCCUGACCCCAAAAAUAGGAAGGAGGACGCCCCGCUUCCCCCGGCGGUGUAACUCCGUACCAGGGCAUUGCCUCUUGCGUUCCUAUCUCUUGUGUACCCACGAGUUCCUGCCAAGAUCUGAUAUCAUAGCUCAUAUUGUGUUAGCGUGCUUUUGCUUGUAUGGCUACCGAGCUACAUUUAACCUUGCACGCUUUGUUGGGUCAGUGUACACCGCACUGUCCUUUAGCCUGUAGGGCUGUAUCACACAGUACAGGUGAAGCAAGCGUCUCUCUUGGGCGCUGAUAGCCGGCUGGCCUUGAUGCCGUGUUGGGGGGGGGGGGGGGAAACCCGGUUUUUACACACAAUUUUUUUUCUGUCAGUCUCUUCCCUUUGGCCUUUGAGUACUGAGUUAAACUUUGUACUGUAGUCAAUAGGGGCUUGGAAGCUUCAAAUGGAGGAGAAAAAUCCUAACUAGAUAGUAAAGCCUUGUACAGUAAAAAAAAAAGUUCAUGAAGCUUGAGUGAUCUAUGGUUAAAGGUACUUAGCGUAAAAUGUACUCUGUAAGAGUUGAUUUAAGGAAUCAUGCUUUGUAUCUUCAAUCUUCCUGACCCCGUUUUUGAUUGUAAUAUAUACAUGAUAAACCAGUGUGCCAUUUUUAAAUUGGUUCUUAGAAGCCCUUAACAUGAAACGAUUUUAAAUGACAACAAUCCUACUUUUGAUUAUAUUUCAAUCACUGUAUGUUCUAUCAAAACAAACUCCAUUUAACAUGGGUGCAAUAUGACCAAAGCUGAAGUUUUCAUUCAAACGUAACGGUUGGUUCUCUGCACGUGUGCAGUUCUUACCUGCCUGAUGUACUGUAAGUGACAGUCUUGUACAGGGCCGUUCUGUGGCACUGUGUUACAUAGUUAAUUAAAUCUAUGGCCUCUUCAUGGCACACUUUCCCCCACGUCAUGCUUCUGUUGCUAUGGGAUUUAAAAUGGUGACCCUGAGGGAAUAAGUAGCUUCCUGCAGCACACUGAGGUCACAACAAAGUCACCUGUUACCCAGGAACAGAUCAACACAGUGCAUGUGUCCUGAAGUUAACCUUGCUCUUUCAGAGGCUGUGGGUAGCUUAGCUUAGCUUAGCGGAAUCCUUAACAGACUACUGACUAUACAAAGACAGAGCUGGAACUCAGUCUCUGACCCAUUCUUGAUAUUCUAAUAUGCAUUUAUGAGUUUAGUUGAGUUUGGCUCAUUCCAGAACCUAACACCGCUAACACUUUUGUCACUAAUAGUGUUUGCUUGCUGCACAUGCACAUUUGCUUGACAGUCGUACAUACUGCCUGAAAAUCUGCAUUGUAUCUUUGGUGAGGUGCGCCAUUUUCUGAAUAAAAAGCUACAGGUGGUGCCAGCCGGCAUCACAGGGAGUAAACGGGAAAUAUGCCUCAGGCACAUGCCAUGGGCGGGUAGGGAAGGUGUUAUCAACAUGGUGGGAGUUAAAGAAUCACUGUGUAGACCUGAGCCGAUUUCUGCACUAAAGCCACUCAAAUCAGAUGCCUUGUUUUGUUCCCCGAGAAAUAUCUGGCAAGUGUAGGAACCUCAUUAUGUUGGCUGGUAGAAAAGAGCACCAAAUGUACAAAUCUUUCAGCACAAUGUGCCUUUUGGUGCUCCAGACACGUUUGUUUUUAUAUGUAUGUAUGUAACAAAUUAUAUAUAUAUUUCCUAUUUGUCUUUUAAAAUGUUUUUAUGCUUUUGUGUACUUAUUUUGUUUCCUUUGAAAUGUUUUUUUUUUUUUUUUACAUAUUAUCUUAAACUGUGAAAUUAAACAGAACAAGAGGCAAUACUUUGGCAGGAACUAUAAAAUGACAUUAUAUCAAAGGUAGUUUUGUACAUUUUAAAUAGUUUUUUCCUUGAAACAGUUAUAUAUAAAUAUAUACAUAUACAUAAUAAUUUUAUACUGAGCAUUCAUUUGCAUGAUUUUUAUAUGUUAAGUUCUAUGAGCAGGCUUUUGUUAAUUGUGUUAAGGUUAAUUGUGGCAAUCGGGCCUCCUUAACGAUGGCAGAGUUGCAGUUGGGUCAUUAGUUAUUCUGUGUGCGCCAUGGGGCGUGUUCUUCAAAAUAAACCACAUAAUUCAGCCAG